GUUCCUUGUCAAGUAACGUCCAUUACUCUCCUAGGAAGUUUCGAGAACGGGUACGGACGGUAAUAUUGGUGAGAGUUCUAUGCGUUUACAACAGUUCGUCAAAUACUAUUACGUGGAGCAAAACGAGCAUUUACAGCACGCGGAUAUUUUCCUCAAGCGGUUUUCUUUCUGCUAAUAUAGGGUCCAUACAAGCAUAAUAGUUACAAGUCAGUGACGUCUAUAGAGAAUAGAUUAAAGCAAAAAUGGUGAAAGAAACAACAUUUUAUGAUGUGUUGGGGGUAAAGCCAGGAUGUACUCGGGAAGAUCUGAAGAAGGCUUAUAGAAAACUGGCACUUAAGUAUCAUCCCGAUAAGAACCCUAAUGAAGGAGAAAGAUUCAAACAAAUUUCACAAGCUUAUGAGGUAUUAUCAAACCCUGAAAAGAAGAAAAUUUAUGAUCAGGGUGGAGAACAAGCUUUGAAAGAAGGUGGUGGGGGAGGUGGUAUGUUCUCUUCACCCAUGGAAAUCUUUGAUAUGUUCUUUGGGGGAGGUUUUUCUGGAAGAUCUUCUCGAAGACGAGAACGCAAAGGACAAGAUGUUAUACAUCAGCUUUCUGUUUCAUUGGAGGAACUGUAUAAAGGCACUGUUCGCAAAUUAGCUUUGCAAAAGAAUGUUAUUUGCGAUAAAUGUGAAGGUAUUGGUGGAAAGAAAGGUUCUGUUGAGCAAUGCUCAACCUGCCAUGGAUCUGGUAUGCAAGUUCAUAUACAACAACUAGGACCAGGAAUGCUACAGCAUUUGCAGAGUGUGUGCCCAGACUGUAAAGGACAAGGAGAACGCAUAAAUCCACGAGAUCGUUGUAAACAAUGCGGUGGUAGGAAGACGAUUCGAGAUAGAAAAAUUUUGGAAGUUCAUGUUGAUCCAGGAAUGGUAGAUGGACAGAAGAUCGUAUUUAGCGGAGAGGGAGAUCAAGAACCAGACUAUGAACCAGGCGAUAUCGUCAUUGUUCUUGAAGAGAAGGAACAUGAGGUUUUCAAGCGCUCGCGUAAUGAUUUAAUUAUGAGGAUGCAGUUAGAAAUUGUAGAAGCUCUGUGUGGAUUCCAAAAAGUGAUUCGCACUUUAGAUGGAAGAGAUUUAGUAGUAACUUCACUUCCUGGAACUGUAACAAAGCAUGGAGAUUUAAAAUGUAUUUUGAACGAAGGAAUGCCGAUUUACAAAGAUCCUUUCACACAUGGCAGACUUAUAAUUCAACUAGUAGUUAAUUAUCCAAAAACUAUCGAACUUAAUAAUAUUCCAUUGCUUGAACAAUGUCUACCUCCUAGGGAAGAGGUUAUCAUUCCAGAAGGAGCGGAAGAAUGUAUACUUACGGACUUGGAUCCAGAACAGGAAGCAAGGCGAAGAGAUCAACGACAGGCAUACGAAGAAGACGAAGGUGCUCCGCGAGUCCAAUGUGCCACACAUUAAUUUGAUUACUUCAAUGUCGCAAUAAAUAUGGUCAUUCUUUCAUUUUAAACUUUUGUCCCAUUCGCUCGAUUCUGAAUCGUAUGUAUUAACAGAGGAACGAAAAAAUGCGGACACAUAGAAAAGUUCUUCAAGACGAAUGAAAAGAACCUGAAGAAACGUCUAGAUAUGUGCACGACUAUGAAAACUGUAAGGAAUCACCAACGAUUCUAAUGCAAAGAUCAUACUUAACACUCAAUUGUAUAGAGAGGCCGUUGACGCUAUUGACGAUACAUUUAUCAUCGCUCCUGAAUUGAUCUAUAAAUUUUGGUGAAAAUUAGUAAACUGAUUAUAAUUAGUUAAUCGCUUGCUGUAGGAAAGUAUUAAAAAAAAGAUGUACUUAUCAUUAAACAAAGUGAUAAGGAAACGUGAACUUACUCAAUAUCUAACGUAACAUCAUGUGACGUUGGUAGUAAAUACAAACAUAAUCACUUGUAUAUCAUGUAAUGUUGAACAUUCGAAUUACAUUCUGCCAUUUGUGAAAUUAUUUGUUGAUGAUUAAUUAGCAGAUUCUUAACACUGAUAUAAGCAUACUGAAUGCUAGAAAUAAAGUUAGACCGUCGUAUGGUACCGAUA